AUGUCUGCCUCCUGUGUUCUCCAGGCCUCGGAGCUGGGAAUGACCUCAGCGUUUUACAAGUACAUCCUCACCACCAUGGACUUCCCCAUCCUGCACCUGGAUGGGAUCGUGGAGGACUCCUCCAACAUCCUGGGCUUCUCCAUGUUCAACACCUCUCACCCCUUCUAUCCUGAGUUCGUGCGCAGCCUCAACAUGUCCUGGAGGGAGAACUGUGAAGCCAGCACCUACCCCGGCCCCGCGCUGUCAGCUGCCCUGAUGUUCGACGCCGUGCACGUGGUGGUGAGCGCCGUCCGGGAGCUGAACCGCAGCCAGGAGAUCGGUGUGAAGCCGCUGGCCUGUACGUCGGCCAACAUUUGGCCCCAUGGGACCAGCCUCAUGAACUACCUGCGCAUGGUAGAGUAUGACGGGCUGACUGGGCGGGUCGAGUUCAACAGCAAAGGGCAGAGGACCAACUACACCCUGCGCAUCCUGGAGAAGUCUCGGCAGGGCCACCGAGAGAUCGGGGUGUGGUACUCCAACCGGACCCUGGCGAUGAACGCCACCACCCUGGACAUCAACCUGUCGCAGACACUGGCCAAUAAGACGCUGGUGGUUACGACCAUCCUGGAGAACCCGUACGUCAUGCGCCGGCCCAACUUCCAGGCCCUGUCGGGGAACGAACGCUUUGAGGGCUUCUGCGUGGACAUGCUGCGGGAGCUGGCCGAGCUGCUGCGCUUCCGCUACCGCCUGCGGUUGGUGGAGGACGGGCUGUACGGGGCGCCCGAGCCCAACGGCUCCUGGACGGGCAUGGUCGGCGAGCUCAUCAACCGGAAGGCAGACCUGGCUGUGGCUGCGUUCACCAUCACAGCUGAGCGGGAGAAGGUCAUCGACUUUUCCAAACCCUUCAUGACCCUGGGAAUCAUUCCCCCUACCCUGGGCUAA